AUGGCCAAGAAGGAGGAGAUAAAGGCUGAGGAGAAGCCUGUGGUGGUGAAGAAGGAAGAGCGGGCGGAGGACAGCAACGCCGACAGCAGUGAAAGCGAUAACGAUGAGGAAGUUAACUGGUGGGAACAGGAGGAAUUGCACUUCAGCACAAAAGGUGAGAAGCGCUGGGACACCCUCAGCCACAACGGCGUCAUGUUUCCCCCACUGUACACCCCGCACGGCAUUCCCAUUCUUUACGAGGGCCGCGAGUUCAAAAUGACACCAGAGGAGGAGGAAGUCGCCACGAUGUUUGCCGUCCUGCGGGAACACGAGUACUACCGCAGUGAGAUAUUCCGCCGUAAUUUCUUUCACAGCUGGCGGGAAAUUCUCGAUAAGCGCAGUCACCCGAUUCGACGCCUGGAGCUCUGCGACUUUGACGCCAUCUAUCAAUGGCACCUGCGGGAACGAGAAAAGAAGUUAAGCCGCACAAAGGAAGAAAAAAAAGCAAUAAAAUUACAGGCAGAAAAAGAGGCAGAACCCUACAGGUGGUGUAUUUGGGAUGGAAAAAAGGAGCAAGUGGCAAACUUUCGUGUAGAGCCACCAGGACUUUUUCGUGGACGUGGAAAACAUCCUUUAAUGGGAAAGCUUAAAAAACGGGUUCAACCUGAGGAUAUAACUAUUAAUAUCGAUGAGAAUUCACCUAUUCCUGAACCACCAGCAGGACAUCGUUGGAAAGAAGUUAUACAUGAGCAUAAUGUAACUUGGUUGGCAACUUGGCGUGACUCUAUUCUUGGAAAUUAUAAGUAUGUAAUGCUUGCCCCUUCUUCAACUAUUAAGGGUCAAUCAGAUAUGCUUAAAUUUGAAAGGGCACGAAAACUUAAGGAUCACGUUGGUGAGAUUCGUGCUUCUUAUAUGGAAGAUUUUAACUCACGUGAUCAGUUGGUUGCCCAACGUGCGGUUGCCAUGUAUUUCAUUGAUAAACUUGCACUUCGUGUGGGUAAUGAAAAGGGUUCAGACGAGGCAGAUACUGUUGGAUGUUGUUCCUUACGUGUUGAGCAUAUUGAAUUAAAACCAAAUAAUGUGGUAAAGUUUGACUUUCUCGGAAAGGAUUCUAUUCGUUAUGAAAAUGAAGCUGUAGUGCUUUCGCAAGUAUAUGAUCUACUUCGACGAUUUACGAAAGGUAAAAAACCAUCUGAAGAUAUUUUUGAUAGGAUUAAUCCUACAAUACUUAAUGAUCAUUUAAAAUCCUUUAUGAGUGAGUUAAGUGCCAAAGUUUUUCGUACAUAUAAUGCGUCUAUCACUUUAGAUAGGUGGUUUAAAGAAAAACCUGUGGAACCUACAGCAUCUUUAGCUGAUAAACUUGCCUAUUUUAAUAAAGCCAACACGGAGGUUGCUAUCCUUUGUAAUCACCAAAAGUCGAUCUCGAAGAAUCACCGAAACACGAUGCAUCAGUUAACGACAAAAUCAAAUUACACCCGUGAAAUCAUUGAAUCUCUAAGGCGUGCAAGGGAAACAGCAAAGAAAUCAUUGGAAAAGGCAUCAGAAGAAUUCUUUGCAGAGCAGGAUGAUAAACAAUAUAAAUGGCUUGAGGCCUAUGGUACAGAAGAGCAAAAGAAGGAAUAUGAUGAAAUUGUCAAAAAUCGAGGAUUACCACGACAAUCAUCCUCUAAACCCAAGUCCAAAUCUAAAACAUCAACGACUAAUGGGAAAAAGAAAAGUGGAAGCAGUAGUAGUAAGGGUGCAAAGAAAAAAUCUAAGAAGUCUACAAAAGCAUCUCCAAAGAAGAAAACUGUAGAUUCAAAGAAAUCAACUGCUGCCGCAAAGAAGGGGAAGAAAAAUAAUAAGGCAGUAGAAUCGGAUUCAGAUGAUGAUAAAGCUAUUGCUGAUAUUGUGAAAGCAAAGAAAGUCGGUAAAAAUGGAACGAAGGGUGGUGUAAAGAGAGGCCGUAAUGGUGAUGGUGUGGUAAAGGCAGAACAAAGUGACGAUGAUGAUAUUCCAAUCACUUCGCUUUGCUGA